CGUUUUUGAACCAAUCGCUGGAGCCGCAAAAGCCAGCAGCGUUGACGAUGGGGUUUUCACCCCUGUUUCCCGUCCUUUUCUUCUUUCCAAAAUUCUCUUUCAGGAAAUCCGACCUAGCUCGGUCGUUCCGCACCCGCACCGUUGCGUCGCAGUCUAUUGCGAUGACGCUUUGUAAACCGGUCUUCUUCACCUUCCUAUCGCCAUAAGCUGGAAUUUAGCGCAAUAAAUUCACGCACAGGGUUCCAUUUGUAUCCCAUUAACUGUUUAAUCUUUUUUAUUGGUGACCGUCAAUGGCCGACUUAAGUGCCGUGUGAGAUCAUGAUAUCGAACGAAACUCUUGCUCUGCGCCUUGUCUAGUUAACUGUCCUAAAUGUAAGAAUCUCUAGUCUGUCCCGCUCGAGGCGAGGCUUUGGACGCGAAUUCGUUAGAUUUGUAACCCGGGAUGCCAGGGGCCGUGGCCGGUAAUGUCAUGCCGGCGUGGCCGGCGGCGGCGGAGGCCCCGGGGCAGAACCGGCGGUUGCCAGACUUCUUGCAGAGCGUAAAUCUUAAAUAUGUUAAGCUGGGCUACCACUAUCUGAUCACGCAUCUGCUUACGCUGCUGGUGCUCCCAUUGAUGGUGGUCAUACUAGUCGAGGCCAGCCGAACUGAUCCCCAGGAUCUCCGGAAGUUAUGGAACCACCUCCAGUUCAAUCUUGUGAGCAUUCUCGUUUGCUCCGCCGUGCUAGUUUUCGGCAUCACCGUCUACAUCAUGACGCGGCCACGAGCAGUCUACCUCGUCGACUACGCUUGCUACCGCCCGCCCGACCGACUCCAGGUCCGGUAUUCGCAGUUCAUGGAGCACUCUCGCCUGUGUGGUAACUUCAACGAGUCGGCCCUCGAGUUCCAGCGCAAGAUCCUGGAGCGAUCUGGCCUCGGCGAGGAAACUUAUGUUCCCGAUGCCAUGCACUAUCUUCCCCCACGCCCAUCCAUGGCCGCCGCUCGCGACGAAGCCGAGCAGGUUAUGUUCGGUUGCCUCGACAAGCUUUUCCAAAACACCGGUGUAAAGCCCAAGGAUGUUGGCAUCCUCGUCGUAAACUGCAGCCUCUUUAAUCCUACUCCAUCCCUCUCGGCCAUGAUCGUUAAUCGCUACAAGUUACGCGGCAACAUCCUCAGCUUCAACCUCGGCGGCAUGGGUUGCAGCGCCGGAGUCAUCUCCGUCGACCUUGCCCGCGAUCUCCUCCAGGUCCACCGCAACACCUACGCCGUCGUCGUCAGUACUGAGAACAUCACUCAGAACUGGUAUUUUGGCAACCGAAAAUCAAUGCUCAUCCCCAACUGUCUAUUCCGUGUUGGCGGGGCCGCCAUCUUGCUUUCCAACCGCUCCGCCGACCGCCACCGCGCCAAGUACCGACUCGUCCACGUCGUGCGCACCCACAGCGGCGCAGAUGACAAAGCCUUCCGGUGCGUGUAUCAGGAGCAGGACGACGAUGGCAAAGUAGGAGUUUCUCUCUCCAAGGACCUAAUGGCGAUCGCUGGGGGUGCCCUUAAGACCAACAUUACCACCCUUGGUCCCCUAGUUCUCCCCAUCAGCGAGCAGCUCCUUUUUUUUGCCUCGCUGGUAGCCAAGAAGCUGUUCAACUCCAAGGUCAAGCCUUAUAUCCCUGACUUUAAACUCGCCUUUGAACACUUCUGCAUCCAUGCCGGAGGUCGGGCAGUUAUCGAUGAGCUCGAGAAGAAUCUCCAGCUUCAGCCAAUCCAUGUCGAGGCCUCGAGGAUGACGCUUCACCGAUUUGGGAACACGUCUUCCAGCUCAAUCUGGUACGAGCUGGCCUAUAUUGAGGCCAAGGGGAGGAUGCGGAAAAGCAAUCGGGUGUGGCAAAUUGCUUUCGGCAGCGGUUUUAAGUGCAACAGUGCAGUUUGGCAGGCCCUCCGUAAGGUGAAGCCGUCCCAGGGUGGGCCUUGGUUGGACUGCAUCGAUAGGUACCCUGUUCAGAUUAUUGAUGGGAUUCCUGCUUUUCAGCAUCAGCAAUAACAGCAAUCAUGCCUCGCUUAAAACGAGUUCAACCAUUUUAUUUUUCAUGUAAACCUGCUUGGAUUGUUCUGAACACUAUAGAAGAUUAUGGGAUCGGCCAUGAUGAUUAGUUUUUUCGGCUCUUUCAGUAAUUUUUUCUAUUAUAGUACUUCCUGCCGUAAGUUCAUCCAUCUCUUUCACUUAGUUGCUUGUGAAUUUGCAGAGUCACUGAAAUAUUUGAAGUGCUAUUGUUUUAAUCUAACAUUGUGAAAUAUUUCGCUUAUCAAACCUUCGUUU